GCGUCCGAGAAGGAGCAAGCGUGCGGGGCCCGAGCGAGCGAGUGAGUGAAAGCGGUGCCGCCCGCAGGCCGCAGGCGCGGCGGGUGCCCGGCGUUUCCCCGCCUCCUUGCCUUGGGUUUCCCUAAAUAAGGCAGGCGAGCGGGGUGUAGCUCCGCCGCACCUCCUUGCACGUCCUUCCCCGAAUAAGGCCUCCCCGUCCCCCGCCGCCCGCGUCCCCGCCUGGGCUGGGCGCGCCAUCCCCACAGCGCAGCCUGUGUAGCCUCCGCAUCCCGGUCCCCGGCCCCUUCCCUGUCGCCCCGCCGCCCGAGCGGUCGCCGCCCGUUCCGCCGUUCCUCCGCUGCCACCGCUGCCGGCACCAUGGGCAGUGAGCAGAGCUCCGAGGCCGAGAGCCGACCCAACGAUCUGAACUCCUCAGUGGCCCCUUCUCCAGCUAAGCAUAGAGCCAAGAUGGAUGAUAUUGUGGUUGUAGCUCAGGGCUCCCAGGCCUCACGGAAUGUCAGCAGUGAUCCCGAUGUCAUCAAGUUGCAAGAGAUUCCAACCUUCCAGCCACUUUUGAAAGGGCUGUUGAGUGGCCAGACUUCUCCAACAAACACCAGACUGGAGAAGUUGGAUUCUCAGCAGGUGCUGCAGCUCUGCCUCCGUUAUCAGGAUCACCUCCGUCAGUGUGCAGAGGCUGUUGCUUUUGAUCAGAACGCUUUGGUCAAACGAAUCAAAGAGAUGGAUCUGUCUGUAGAAACCCUCUUUAGCUUCAUGCAGGAGCGCCAGAAAAGAUACGCCAAAUACGCCGAGCAGAUCCAGAAGGUCAACGAGAUGUCGGCCAUCCUGCGCCGUAUCCAGAUGGGCAUCGACCAGACAGUGCCGCUGCUGGAGCGGCUCAACAGCCUGCUGCCCGAGGCCGAGCGCCUGGAGCCCUUCAGCAUGAAGCCCGACCGCGAGCUCAGGCUGUAGCUGCCUCCCCCCACCGGCUGUGGUCGGGGGACCGCCAGGGCCCCAGGACGCUUGGAACCAAAGGCGUCGGAGGUGACCCAAGGCCGCUGGGGGUGUUGACGCUCCCCGGGGGCACGGGAAGCAGUCCCGUCGCCCUGGAGACUGCGAUGCCCCAGCCCUUCCCUUGACGCGCUCUCCCUCUGCAAAGCCAGCAAACCUACUCUCAGUGGUCACCGAAGUUGGAACGUUUGAACUAUUAGGGAUUCUUUACAGAACUCUGCCUUGGGACUUAUUUUUAUUUUGCGUAGUUCUCUCUUUUUGUAAAUUGACAGUGUAUAUUAUCUAGUCUAGCUUGCAGACUGAAAAUAUGAAGAGAAGGGGAGAAAUAUUUUAAGAAGCUCUGUGUCCUUGACGCCUUCGUGAAAUUUUUCUCAGUAGGCUGUCUUGUGGGCUGUAAACAUAAAGAACUAAUUUAA